AUGAACUCUUCAAAGCUCAAAUCCAAUGCUUGGCAAGAUUCUUCUGAACCCAACCCAACCUUUUUAGCCUUGAAUGAAGGCUUCCAAAUCCCAUUCGUCGCUAAGAAACUCACGAGAGAUCAAAAUUCACUAGACAACCCGAAUCAUCUUUCCUUCCAUCUUUCUCCUGGCGUCUACAAGGCAACUUGA